GGUCAUCUGCCACGUGCAUGUAUUACCCGUUGAAGGUUUUUCCGCUAACGAAAUGAAAUUUUCUAUCAUUCGAGUAGAAGAGGAAAAAAUAUCUUAUCGUUCUGUCGUCUCACAUAACGUUCGUUUAACUUUUUAGCAAUAUGCUUUUUGCCAGAAGGUGACGCCACGAAAAACCACGAAUACGAAACGUCUUCCAUGUUUUACUGCAACCUUAUUUGACUAAUUUUUUAUAUCGCGAAAAUGAAUUUAAAAAGCGUCAAGAAUAGAUUGAAAGACGAAACUCUGGAUUUGAGUUUAUGCGACCUGAAAGAAGUACCUGUUCGAGAAAUCGCAACCAUUAAAAAAGCAGCGCAUUUAGAUUUAUCGAAUAAUCUUUUAACUUCUUUACCCAGUAAUUUCGUUGAUCUGAAGCAAAUAGUUAAAUUGGACCUUAGUAGGAAUAUGCUGACAGAAAUUCCUGAAAAUUUCGGGGAAUUGAAACAACUGAAGUAUUUGGAUCUCUAUGCGAACGAAAUAAGUAGAUUACCACUUAGUUUGAGCGAAUUGAAAAACUUGAAGUGGUUAGAUUUGAAAGAGAAUCCUCUAACUCCUGCAGUGGCUACUGUCGCCGGUCCUUGUAGUAAUUUGAGCGAAUGUCAAGCAUGUGCUCGCAAUAUCGUUAAAUAUUUGUCACAGGUAAAACUUAGCAUCGAAGAGGAGAGGUUACGAAGAUUAAAUGCUAUCACAGCAGAUACAGACGCAGAUACAGUAUCCUCAAAAAAAGGGGGGAAAAAGAAAAAGAAAAAAUUAGUGGAUAAGAAUAACAAGCAAAAUUUGGAUAAAAAUGGAUCUAAUUGCUCGAGCGAAGCGCUGCGAAUUGAUGAAACUAAAAUAAAAACUGCAACAUUAACACAUACUGCAAAACAUACUAAUAAAGAACGCAUAUUUCAAGAAACCGGUACAUACCGAUUCUUCGUGUCGACGAUUGUACGACUUUUUCUUUUCGGUCUGAUAUUUCUACCGACGAUAGUGAUUCUUCCGUUGUAUUCGAAGCAAUCGGAAUUGUUUAUGAAUUAUAUAGAAAGGAACACAGGCGUUCCCUUGAACGCAUUUCAAAAACACAGUACCGAUAUGGUGGAAUCGUUAACGAGGAUCGCAGUGAACGCUUACAACUAUUUAUACUAUGUUUACGAGAAAAAUUUCCAAACGAAGACUGAUAUUCCAGUGACGAUAUAGGUGUUUUAUGAAUUUUAUAAAA